UAUUAUCUUCAACCCACCCUCCCCUCCUCCUCUUCCUGUGGCCUCAUCCUCCAAAAACCACACCAAACCUCACCCUUCUCUCCCAUGGCUUCCAUAGCCACCUUCUUAUCCAAAAUCCCAUCCUCCCUCCCCUCCUUCUCCAAAUCAGACCCAUACCUCUCUUCCUCCACCUUCCUCUUCCUCUCCACCAAGAAAAGAUCUCCACCAUCCCCCCGGCAGCUCCCUCUCUUCCCUCGCGCCACCGCCGCGACAAGCGGCACCCAGAAACCCCCCGUCGGGAGAGACGAGCGAGUUCAUCAAGUCCACACCAUCGACGAGUUCGACGCCGCCCUCCGGUCGGCCAAGAACAAGCUGGUGGUCGUCGAGUACGCCGCCAGCCACAGCCCCAACAGCCGCCGCAUCUACCCUUGCAUCGUGGAGCUCAGCCGCACGUGCAGCGACGUCAACUUCCUCCUCGUCAUGGGCGACGAGUCCGACGAGACCCGCGAGCUCUGCCGGCGCGAGGGCGUCGACAAGGUCCCCCAUUUCACCUUCUACAAGGGCAUGGAGAAGGUCCACGAGGAGGAGGGCAUCGGCCCCGACCAGCUGGUCGGGGACGUGCUCUACUACGGCGACAACCACUCCGGGGUGGUGCAGCUCCACUGCCGGGAAGACGUCGAGGCGCUGAUCGACGAAAACCGGGGGAAGGAGGGGAAGCUGGUGGUGCUCGACGUCGGGCUGAAGCACUGCGGGCCGUGCGUGAAGGUCUACCCGACGGUGAUCAAGUUGUCGAGGUCGAUGGCAGACGCCGUCGUGUUCGCGAGGAUGAACGGCGACGAGAACGACAGUUGCAUGGAGUUUUUGAAAGACAUGGACGUGGUGGAGGUCCCAACCUUCUUGUUUAUAAGUGAUGGAAAGAUAUGUGGGAGGUACGUUGGGUCAGGGAAGGGGGAGCUCAUAGGGGAGAUCCUUAGAUACCAAGGGGUAAGGAUUACUUGAGGAAUUUUUUGGGGAAUUCAUGCUUGAAAGACAUGGUAUUCUUCUUCCCUGAUUUAUUGAUAAAAAAAAAAAGAAGCAGCAUGCGCCACUAUUGAAUUUGUAUUUUACAAAGAUCAUGGCAAAAAAUUAUCAUGGGACAUGGAAAAAUAUGGGAACAGAGAGAAUAUAUGAAAGAUAUAUGUGUAUUCUCUGUAUCUUGUGCUGUUUGUUAUAACAAUAUGUACAUUAAUAUUAAUCAUCUUUGGAAUAGUACAGUAA